UCAGGUGAGGGUGAGAACCUACAUUCACUCCGACCCGCCCCAUUCACAUCCCUUGUCCAAUUUGAGUCAUAUUAUGGCGUCGGGUUAACUUUUGUCAGAUCUGCUUUUGACACAUACACUCCGGAAAGAGAAAACAUAUCCCGUCUCUUCGCCUGGUUCAGUCGUUCGCUUCCAUUCUUCUAGUCGUUCGACGCACUCUUCUUCUCCUUCGCAUUCUCCCUUCGCAUCACUUCCUCUUUCAUCCUUAUCAGCUCGCCAUGGACAAUGGGGGCAAUCUGGAAGCACAAAUAGAUGCAUUAUUGAAUGUUGAAAAGCAAAUGAGACUUGCUGGAGAUGUUGCUGGAACUAGAAAGGCUGCUUGUGACAUUCUUGAUUUAUGCUUUCAAUCUAAAGCCUGGAAGACCUUGAAUGACCAGAUAGUCGUUCUCUCAAAGCGCCGUGGUCAGCUCAAGCAGGCUGUGACAGCGAUGGUACAGCAAGCAAUGGGCUACAUUGAUCAAACACCUGAUCUUGAUAUUCGUGUAGAGCUCAUUAAAACAUUAAAUAGUGUAUCUGCUGGGAAGAUAUAUGUUGAACUAGAAAGGGCACGGCUGAUCAAGAUACUUGCUAAGAUUAAGGAACAACAAGGGCUUAUCGACGAAGCUGCUGAGUUGAUGCAAGAGAUAGCGGUUGAAACCUUUGGUGCAAUGGCAAAAACUGAGAAGAUAGCAUUUAUUCUUGAGCAAGUUCGUCUUUGUUUAGAUCGUAAGGACUAUAUUCGGGCUCAAAUCCUUUCCAGAAAAAUCAGUCCCAGGGUUUUUGAUAUUGAUCCUUCAAAAGAAAAGAAGAAACCUAAGGAAGGUGAUAAUAUUGUAGAAGAGGCUCCCGCUGAUAUUCCAUCGUUGCCAGAGUUGAAGCGUAUCUAUUACGAAUUGAUGAUUCGAUACUACAAGCAUCACAAUGACUACCUUGAAAUAUGUCGAUGCUAUAAAUCUAUCUAUGAGAUCUCAUCUGUCAAGGAAGACCCUGAGCAGUGGACACCGAUUUUGAGGAAAAUUUGCUGGUAUUUGGCGCUUGCCCCACAUGACCCAAUGCAGUCGAGCCUUUUGAACUCUACUCUUGAGGAUAAGAACCUUUUUGAAAUUCCCAAGUUCAAGUCACUGUUGAAACAGUUGGUGACAAUGGAGGUUAUCCUCUGGACAGUUCUUUGGAACGAAUUUGAGAGUGAAUUUGACAAUGAGAAGAAUUUGCUUGGAGGCCCUUUAGGCGAGAAAGCUGGUGAAGAUCUUAAACAAAGGGUCAUUGAACAUAACAUUCUUGUUAUUUCAAAGUACUACUCAAGGAUCACCUUGAAGAGACUGUCAGACUUAUUAUGCCUUAGUCUUCAGGAAGCGGAGAAGCAUUUAUCUGAUAUGGUUGUUUCUAAGGCUCUAAUAGCAAAGAUAGACAGGCCAAUGGGUAUUGUAUGUUUCCAGGUAGUUAAGGACAGCAACGACAUUCUGAAUUCAUGGUCAAUGAACUUGGAGAAACUGCUUGAUCUUGUUGAGAAGAGUUGCCAUCAAAUACACAAGGAGACUAUGGUUCACAAAGCUUCCCUUGAAGUCUGAAUCAGAGAAUGUUCUCUGUACGUUGUUUCCCCUCAAAGUGAAGUAAAUGCUGGUAUACGAAGCCCUUGUCAUUCCGGGUUUAGUCACUAGGUUUGUGAAGAAUGCCCAUUUCUGUCUGUUAGAAAUGUUUUUUUCCCCUCGUGUUCUCUUUAGUAAUUGUUUCACAUACUUAAAAGGGUACUUAAUUGGCAGGGUAUUAUCUCUGUGACUCAUGAAGCGGUAUUAUUGAAGCCUGGUGCUGUUAGGUCAAUGUAGCAUAUUCAUUGAUUUCCAAUUCGUAAUUAAUUAUACAGUGUAUUAAUCUUACCUUAUGAGGAAGCAAAAGUUGCUUCACCAUUCUUAACUAGUAAAGCUGUUGGCCUGCUGCACA